CCAAGCUUCUUCUGUUCUAGGCCCUAAUCCUGGCCAGCGUCGACGACUCCACACGCAACGAAUUCCGUCAUCAUUGCCCUUAUAAAUCUCUAGGCAUGGGGCACUCUUCGGCCUUUAUCGCUCCGCUCCGCCGCUUGCUCACUCAGCUCAUUCAUAAGAGCCUGGCUCAAGGACCAAGUCAGCAACCUCUUGACGCUCCAAGACUUUCUCCUGUACGACCCAGUCAUGCAUAAUAAUACCCAGACUUCGCCUGUUGCGAGCAUUUCCGCGACACCAGCUGCCAGGGCGCCAGCUCCAGCUCCACCCCCUGCUCCACCGCCACAAAAGAGGAAGCGCUCCGCUGAAGGGCCUGUGACCCCUCCGCUGUCCGCGACCGAUGCUGGCUCGUCGCACAUUCUCACCACCGCCGUGAACGUGCUCUCCAUCGAGGCGACUGCGCUCUCGCAUGUCUCGCGUCUCUAUCAGACCGACCCCGCCGCGCGCGAUGGCCUCGUACAGGCCGUCGAGUCGGUCGUCCGCGCACAUCAGAGCAGGGGCAAGAUCAUCGUAUGUGGCAUUGGCAAGAGCGGACUUGUCGGUAUGAAGACGACAGCCACGAUGAAGAGCUUGGGCAUUCGCUGCGCCUUCAUGCACGCCGCCGAAGCUAUUCAUGGCGACCUGGGUGAUAUACAGCCUGACGAUGUUGUGCUCUUCAUAACCUUCUCCGGGCGUACCCCCGAGCUAUUAGCCAUUCUACCCCACCUCCCUGCAGCGACGACCGUAAUUGCGCUCACAGGACAUACAAAGGCUGGUGCCUGCCCGCUGCUGCAUGACCGCAGCAAUGCCAUUGUCCUCCCUGCGCCUAUACACGAGCGUGAGGAAGACUCAUUUGGCGUGGCCGCGCCGACAACAUCGACAACUGUGGCCAUGGCCGUCGGUGAUAUGCUAGCUCUUGCGGCAGCCGAUGCGCUCCACCAGGGCGCUACACGCGACGUAUUCCUGCGGAACCAUCCGGGGGGCGCUAUCGGGAAAAAGGCGAAAUUUGAACAGCGCGAGGAUAUUCAGGACGUUGGAGUGAUUGCGCAAUGAGUCUACGUUUCAAUGGCAGGUGGCAGCCGUGCGAGUCACUCAAACAUUGUACGGGAGAGAAUGGUCUGUCGCAAAACGCGAUCUUCAUGUCUCGUAUCUUUGAGCGAAGACGAGUAGACCGGUUGGGGGUCAUGACCGUGCGAUUGAAGCAAGGCAGCGCUAAAAUGAGCAGCUAUUGUUCCUUGCCGUUGACGUACCCAGAUGUGCGUUCCUUGUCUGUUGGUCGCGCAUUAAUUCAGUGCAUGGAUAGACGGGUAUUCCUCCGUGCGGCGCAGUCCCUUUCCAGGAUCCCACGCGAUUCUCUCCAUCGCGGUGGGUUCACUUGCGUGUUUCAACCGGUUGACGCCGAUACCUCGGCGCUGUUGAACGAUUGCGUUUUGACAACUAAGACGGCUGGCUCCAAUCAAUAGGACGCUUGAGA